AUGAAGCUGGUAACCAUCUUUCUGCUGGUGACCAUCAGCCUUUGUAGUUACCCUGCUGCUGCCUUUCUCAUCAACAGUGUGCCCCUUCCUGUUGACAAAGUGUUACCUUUGCCUCUGGACAAUGUUCUUUCCUUCAUGGAUCCAUUAAAGAUGCUUCUGAAAACUCUGGGCAUUUCUGUGGAGCACCUUGUAGAAGGGCUGAGGAAGUGUGUGGAUGAACUGGGACCGGAAGCUUCUGAAGCUGUGAAGAAACUGCUGGAGGCCCURUCUCACUUGGUGUGA